UAGGUAGUGGUUUCGACGACAACUAUGUAAACUUCCUUUUUAUUAUUAUAAAUUUCUCUCUGCUUGAAAUUAAUUUUAUUGACUGAAAAUUGUGUCUUUGAAAAAUUAGAUUCUAGAUCCUCUAUACCGAAAUGUCUAUGGUUGUUAAAAAUACCGAUGAUUUGGAAGAUUUAGAUGAAGCCGAGCUUGAGGAACUGUAUUCAUGGGUUGAUAAAAUUCCACUUUCCCGACCAAAGCGAAAUAUCGCUCGAGAUUUUUCCGACGGUGUUCUUGUCGCUGAGGUAGUGAAACACUUUUUACCUAAGCUUGUUGAGCUUCACAACUAUACUCCAGGCAGCUCCACACCUCAGAAAAUGCAAAACUGGUUUUUAUUAAACAGAAAAGUUUUUAACAAACUUAAUUUUCAACUGACUGAGGACCUCAUCAGAGAAUUAUGUUUAGGGAAGCAGGGACUUAUUGAAAGGUUUCUGAUGCACGUGAGGGCUAAAAUAGAAAGGGCGAUGUGGGAUAUGCAGAAGGAUGCUGGUGACAGAACAGAAGUCGCACACCAUCAAACCAAAGCUUCAGUGCGUUUGACAAACACAAAACCUCCAAAAUCUAAACAUGUAGAUGACAAACCAGAGGCGGAUCAAAAUAUCAAUAUGCAAAAUAACACCUACAGCCAUAUUGAAAGAAAUAAUUACAGAACAGAAGUGUCACCAGGCAGAACUAAACCAGUUGCAGCUCCACCACCAAAAGGGCAUGUGAAAAUUAAACAGUCUGAUGAUUUAGUACCAAAAGCAAUUUAUGAAGAGAGAGAACAGGAAUGUUUAGCUAAGGAGGAGACAAUCCAGAUUCUUCAAGCAAAAAUUCGCAGACUUGAGCAUCUCUUGCACCUGAAGGAUGUCAGAAUAGAGGAACUUCAGGGCAGGCUGGAAUCUAUAAGACCCACAGGAAAGGGAAAACGAUAAGCAGCUUUUAUUCUAGAAAUAUUUUACUUCUAUCACUGUUUGUUGUAUUACGAUACAUAAUGGCAAAAAUCUGCUUACAGAUUCUGUGGAAUUAUUCAGUGUUUUGCAGAUGAUGUGUUGGAUGUCUUUAUUCAUUUAUGUAGUUUGACACUGAUUAGUAUAUGAUUUAGAUUUGCUUGUCAUGAUUGUCUAAAGUGUAAUGGUCUAAGAUAUAUACUUGUCUAAAAUUUCUAUGACCUCCUGCAAACAUGGAGUAAAGAAUUGAAAUUAUUAAGUCUUUUUCUAAUUAAUGAUGGUUAAUCAUCUCCAUGGACACAUAAUAAGUUAUUAAUUGGCUACCGUUCAUUGAGGCAACACAAACUAAAUAAAAACUACUUCACCUGCCACUGAAGGAACACUAAGGUUCAGCUGCUGUUUAGAUUUGAUAACUGCUAUGUUUUUAUACUGCUACUGCUAGACAAAGAAUGUACAAAUUAUUAUGAAUAAUUGCUCAUUUUAUCCUGUCUUGAUUACACAAUACUCAACAUUCAAGAAGCCUUUAAUAAAUGACAAUUUAUUUUUGUAGUAACACCUUUACUAAUGCACAUUGAUAUUUACUUAUUUUGAUACCAAAGUCAAAAUUAUGUUAAUUCACUGGCCGGAAGAGUCAAUCCUGUCUGGACACUUAUUUUCUAAAUUAUUUAAAGUUGUCGAAGUGUACAGUCUAAUUUAAACUAAGUUUCUAUAGUAAGCAUGUUGUUUUUGUAAAUUUUGGUUAUGUAUAUUGUUUUUAGAUAACAUGAUUUUUAUAAUAUUAAAAAAGAAAUGACACAUAUAACAUAAUCCCUGUCACUUCUAUAAAAAUAUAUCUAGGGAAAGAACUCAAUACCAUUUAUUUUGUUCUCUGUCAGAUUAUUUCUAGAGAAUGUUUUGGCAUUUUAUAAAAUACUGGGUUUCACCCUUACCAAUAUCAUAUAUAAUUGAUAUUCUCAAUAGGGUGGGGUAAUUUACUGGGUUGGGGGGGGGGGGGUAAUGUCUUAACUCAUAAUAUUCUUAGAACUGGUCAUAUGUUUCUGCUUUACUAAGUGCUGGUCAGCUGUAGAUGUCUAUUAGGUCAUGCUGAUCUUAGCAUCCAAUAACAGCUGUAGCUUUGUGAUAUUUUCACACAGCAAGUAUGGGACCCCAACAUCAAACACAACCCUAGAUCUGUCUAUGUUUAUUAACAAAUCAUUCCAAAGCUUUGUUUUUGAUCAAUAUGACAAUAUGAGCUUCCAUAAAUUCAGUGAUAAUAAAUGUUAUUAUUUUAGUUUGUUUAUAUAUGUUUCAUUUAAUUAAAUCAGCCCUUAUUCACACUUCAUCUUGUAAAAUCAGUCACUUUCAUUAGUCAAUUAGAAAAUCUGUGAUGUUUUAACACUAAUGGGUACUUUUUUACUUGGUGUUAACCUAGCCAUGUUUUUUAAAUUAUAUUUAUUUAUACAAUAUUUAUUUUAUAUUUAGCGAGACUUAGAGCAUUGAGUCAAACUGUGAAUACCAUGUCAUUAAAUGAAAU